GCGACACACGCCCACCAAGUACGCAAGCCUCAGCCAGCUCUACCUAGUGUCCCCAGAGCCGGAGCAGCGCCCACCUACAGCAGCGCCACCGACCAGGGGGUGCGCCCCUGGAAGCGCCAAGGCAUAUCCUGGGUGGUGUCAGUUCUCCCCAAGGACUCCAACAGGAACCUGCGCACACUGACCCCAGCUAAAGUGCUGAACUCCACGUCGGCAUAUCUCCCUGAUACACACCAGCCCAUCUGUUGCAUCAUCAACAUGGGAGACCAGAACAGAAACACUAGCUUUGCACCAGACUUGAACGCACCCCAAGACCAUGUCUCCUUGCUCCCCUUAAACUACAGUUAUGGUGAUUAUGACCUUCCCCUGGAUGAGAAUGAGGAUGUAACCAAGACCCAGACCUUCUAUGCAGCCAAAAUUGUCAUUGGUGUGGCGCUGGCAGGCAUCAUGCUAGUCUGCGGCAUUGGCAACUUUGUCUUCAUCGCUGCCCUCGCCCGCUACAAGAAGCUGCGCAACCUUACCAACCUCCUCAUCGCUAACUUGGCCAUCUCUGACUUCCUGGUGGCGAUCGUCUGCUGCCCCUUUGAGAUGGACUAUUAUGUAGUACGGCAGCUUUCCUGGGAGCACGGUCACGUGCUCUGCGCCUCUGUCAACUACCUUCGUACUGUCUCCCUGUACGUCUCCACCAAUGCUCUGCUGGCCAUCGCUAUUGACAGAUAUCUCGCUAUUGUCCACCCUUUGAAACCACGGAUGAAUUAUCAGACCGCCUCCUUCCUGAUCGCUUUGGUCUGGAUGGUCUCCAUCCUCAUCGCCAUCCCCUCUGCCUACUUCACCACAGAAACCACCCUCGUUAUCGUCAAGAAUCAGGAAAAGAUCUUCUGUGGUCAGAUCUGGCCGGUGGACCAGCAGCUCUACUACAAAUCCUACUUCCUCUUCGUCUUCGGGCUUGAGUUCGUGGGUCCCGUGGUCACUAUGACCCUGUGCUAUGCCAGGAUCUCCCAGGAGCUCUGGUUCAAAGCUGUGCCUGGCUUCCAGACGGAGCAGAUCCGCAAGCGGCUGCGUUGCCGCCGCAAGACAGUGCUGUUACUCAUGGGCGUCCUCACAGCCUACGUGCUGUGCUGGGCGCCUUUCUACGGCUUUACCAUCGUGCGAGACUUCUUCCCCGCGGUGGUUGUGAAGGAGAAACACUACCUCACCGCCUUCUAUGUGGUGGAGUGCAUCGCCAUGAGCAACAGCAUGAUCAAUACUAUAUGCUUCGUGACGGUCAAGAACAACACCAUGAAGUACUUCAAGAAGAUUCUGCUGCUCCACUGGAGGCCCUCUCACUACGGGAGUAAGUCCAGUGCGGACCUCGACCUCAAAACCAGUGGAGUGCCUGCCACAGAAGAGGUGGAUUGUAUCAGACUGAAGUAGCCUGCAGGUGUUGCCCAAGGGAAAACUCAGCAUUCGAUACUCAGUGUAUCACACACCAUCAACCACUCACAAGCAUCAUGGAAAGAUAUAGCUGUAUUCAUGCUCUCCUCCUCGAAUGUAUCAAGAUGUGUAACAUACAGCACAACUGAUGUCUACAUAACACCUCAAGAGACUGGACACAAAUAGUAACAAGUGACCUGGACUGAGGGCUUCUGUCUGCAAACCACACCAACAGACUAUUCAAGGACAAGAGCUGACAUUUGAGGUCACUAGGAAGAGAUCACAAAUGAUUAGCCAGAAUCAUGCUCCGUAUUCUUUCAUUCUGUAUCUUUUCUGCACAGAACUGUCAAAGGCAAUAGAAUAAAGCACUUAGGCAUACUAGAAAUGUAAGGAUAACUCCAUCAAUGGAGACCACAGCCUAACAGGAAGAGGGUCCAAACAGCAUACUGACUUUCUCCACUCAGCACCAGUUAUCUCCUUAGAUAUUCUGUACUUAUCUGCAAUGU